AACACACCACAGUCGUACAGUGACACUCGUACCAGCAGAAAGCAUCGGGAUCAGAGUGACGACCCGCUUUUUCAGUGCAGCACCGAUCUCUGGGGCAACCGUCUGGUUUUCCUCUGCUCCAUCAUCGUGUUUAUGAUCUUUUUGCCUGACACAUGCACAUCAUGAUGGAGAAACUCUCCGGCUGAGUUUUUGGACAGCUUUUAGCGUCGCAUCACAUUGUUGGACAGACGUCGUGAAGGGGACCACAGCAGCUGUAUCACUGUUGCUGGACUGUUUUGCAAUCUACCAGACUGUGUCUUUUGGUUAAAGUGCCCCAUCAGCUGACCCUGACCCACAUCCCACCGCUGAGCCAACAGAACGGGUCUGCUCGGGCCCAAUGUGGAAUUUGACCCCAGCUGACCCCGUCGCACAAGGAGCCGUUAACUGAGCCAGGACAGGCAAAAAGAAAGAUAACAGAGAAGAAAAGAGGAACAAGAGGAGAGAAGUGAGAGCAGCAGCACAGCGACCGUUCCUUCAGGAUGCCAGUGGAGACCCUGCGGCCAUCUGACGGCCGUCUCGCCGGGGUUCCCUUCACCUCUGCUAUGCCUUUCCGAAUAUUGAACAAGGGUCCAGACUACUUCCGUCGCCGGGCUGAGCCUGAAGCUCGUAAACUGAGUGCUGUAGAACGCUUGGAGGCUGACAAGGCCAAAUAUGUUAAGAGUCAGCAGGUGGCGCUGACCCGCCAGGCUCCUGUCAAACCCCCAAUUAUACGCAAACCCCUGGUUCCUCCAAGUAUGAUGCUCCAGAGACAGAUGAUCAGUGCUUCUCCUGCCCGUAAAGCUCCUCGCUGCCUGGCUACGGUGGAGCACAGAGGAGGGAGAGAGGGAGCAGCAGGCAGAAGAGGUCCUGCCCUCAACUUGGACAUUCUGAAUAAUCUAAUCAAUGAUGUCUGUGAUGGACCUUUGCCCUGUUCUCAGUCCUCAUCCUCCACCUCUCCGUCAUCCUCAUCUCCUUCAUCUGGAGCAAAGAGCAUUGGCAGCAGCCUGUCAGUGGAGCAAGAGAGGAGCAGUCGACUCCUCAAUAACCUCAAACCAUUGAAUCAUGGGACCACCAACUCCUCAUCCACCUCAUCCUGCACCUCAUCUCCUCUUAAUACCAGCCUGCGGACACCUGCAGCAGAACUCAGUUGUCGUCCACCUCCUGUUCCAUCAAGGGUGCCGCGUAUUUUGGUUCCCGCGCCCUAUAGCUCCCCUAAUACAGUAACGGUUCGGAGGGUGGAUGUUAGGCCUCAAGCUGACACAAGGAAACUUCAGAGGCCUCAUCUGCAGCCCCAGAUCAGGUCCAGGCAGACAGCUCAAGGUCAAAUAGCACAUCCUCAGCUUCCACCCCCACCUCCUCCACCCACUGAGAACCAAUCAAAACCACACCUUCAUGUCAACGCCACCUCUCAGGCACUGCCCUCCCCUCCAGCAUACCUGCCCCCAAGUCCCAUGUUAGUGCGAACAGGCACGAUCCCGCCAGCCUCCCCCACUUUUACCCGGAUAUCAAACGCCAGCUCCAAGGGUUCUGCCCGCAAACAUCCAUUGUUGCACCGCUCCAAGUCAGACCUGAGCGAUCGCUAUUCCCGCGCAACAGCAGACCUGGAGCGAUUCUUCAACUACUGUGGACUAGACCCAGAAGAAGUGGAAGGAAUGGGCGGAGUGGAGCGCUUCACCAGAGCCAACUCAGACAUUGUCUCCGUCUCUAAGCUCCGCAGUGUCAGUACGCCGAGCUCCGAGUGUGGAGAAGAUGCUGACAGAGCGAGAGAAGAUGGAGGAGACGAGGACGACGAGGACAGACCUGCCAACGAACGCAUCCCUUACGGCAUCUCAGUCAUUGAGAGGAACGCUCGAGUCAUCAAAUGGCUCUAUGGUAUCCGUCAGGCGAAAGAUUCCAGCAACGCUGUCUCUAACGUAUAGACUAACAAGGACCAGGCGUGGACAUGGGGAAAAAAAACAGCGAAGCAGAACUUUUUGUGCGUAUGUAUACAAAAUCAGAUCAGAUCUUCAUCUGUUCAUCUUGUGCUGCCUUACAUCUCGUUUAAGGAUAAUACAGUAGUUGUUUAUUGUGUUUUCUUGUUGUGCAAAUUACGCAACUCUGAUUAUUUUUGAAAUUCUGCGCUGCGAGACGAGAUGGACAAUAUAUAUUUCCCUUCUCAUUUUAAAAAAAAUGUAGUUUAACAAUAUUGGUAUCUGGAAGCAAUAAUAGACUGACGUAAAUGAUGAUGAUGAUGAUGGUGCGCAUGAAGUUAUUUGUAAUGAUAGUUCCUCAUGCUAAGGUACUGUGUGUGUGUGUGUGUGUGUGUGUGUGUGUGUGUGUGUGUGUGUGUGUGUGUGUGUGUGUGUGUGUGUGUGUGUGUGUGUGUGUGUGUGUGUGUGUGUGUCGCACGUGCCAGCGACUUACACAGGAGCACACUGUUUGGAAGUGAGUCAGAGGACCACUUUGAUACUGUGAAACUUGACUAAAAAGCGCCCAUAAACACAUUUGUACUUUCAGAAAUCUCCCGGCUGUAAGACUGUUCUUAUACAAAUUGCUGUCAGCAUGUGAGUGAAACAUCUGUAGAUAUUUAUUUUUGGAUUCAUCAUUUCAACAAAGCACGAUCCCCCCGCAUCACAUUCACUCUCACUCAGAUCAUCAUGGCAUAGACGUACGUUGGGAACAUUACAGCACGUAGCAGUGCCGCGUGUCCGACUGUAACAUUAUUUCUGUGUUUGCUUCUGAAACAGUGCACGAUUGUGCUGUGCCGGUGUGUUGAGAGAAAUCAGUGCAUUUGUGUCUGCACAGACAAAAAUAGUCAUGUGAUGAUGGAUGGUUGAAGUGAGUGUAGCGUGAAAAAAGUUAUUUUCAAAGGGAUGAGUAAGAAAAAUACACACAUGCCGGUAUGAAAGAUCUGUUGCAUGAAAAUGCGUCUGCUUCUGAAAGUGUCUGAGGAAGGUAUGUUUUUGGCAUUCAGAUGAAGAUGGACCAAUAUUUAUUUUGAAAAAAAAAAUCUAAUUUAAUGUACAGUAUUUUUAAGAUUUGUACUCAAGUGCAAUCUAAUUCCAUUCACAGGAUAGUUAAACUCACAUUUUAAACUCAACUGGGAAAGCACACAUGCACAUGCACGUACCAGUCACAUGUUUAAAUGUUGGAAGCAGGGGAAUGCUGCAUGUAUGUUACGGGUCGUGUUCAGUGGCGAUGACAAAGGAGUGUCUGUUUGUCUGAAUUGUUUGUGAAGGAGGACAUCACCGUCUCCCCCCGUGCAUCCUCUUCAUUUUCAGGGUUACUGUAAACCCACACAAGUUGGCAGGACU